CGGGUGACGUAGCGGGCCCGGGCCCCGCCCCUGGCGCCUACGCGGCGCCUGCCGGGACGGGCCGGGGGGAGUGGGAGGACUGACUGGGAGGACCGAUGGUGGCUCCGGGCGGCAGCAGGAGCAGGUGAGGGUUCGAGGCGCUCGCUGGCUCGGCUCGGGGCGGAUGAGGGAUGAGGGAUGAGGGUGCCCAGCUAGGCACCUUCUUGUGAUGCCCAAGUACAAUGGCUUCAAGCCAUAGUUCUCCACCAGUGCUCCGACCAAGCAGCAGUGAUGGAAAGUUCAAAAAGGAAAUGGACCCAUCUAAAAAGUCUUUCAAAGCUGUUCGAUCAUUACCAGAUGUCUGUCCCAAGGAGCCAACAGGCGAUUCUAGCAGUUUAUGCGACAGCCCAUCAGUGGUGGCAGAUCAGCAUCGGUGGACUGUGUAUCAUUCCAAAGUGAACCUUCCAGCAGCACUGAAUGACCCAAGACUGUCCAAAAGGGAAUCUGAUUUCUUCACAAAAACAUGGGGACUGGAUUUUAUGGAGACCGAAGUUAUGCCUUCCUUCUACCUCCCACUAAUCGCCAAGGAUCACUUUGCUCCCUACCUACACGAUAUGACUUUGCGACAAAAGAUUCAUGAGAAGUGCAAGAAAAUCUGCCCACUGAAGGAUGGACUAAACCAAACACUUGCACCAGUUGUACACAACCACGACAGAUCAAGGACAGAUUUGGAUCAAGUACCUAAGAUAUUUUUGAAGUCUGACUUUGCUCUGGAAGAUCCUUUAACAUUUUCUACUGUUUUGCCUUGGUCACAUUUCAGUGGCCAACAUGGAGCCAGUGGGAAGGGGGCUCGUGAUGGAGCAUCGUCAAGGUUAUUGCAAGAAAAGCUAACACAUUAUUUAGAUGUUGUGGAAGUGAAUAUAGCCCACCAGAUUUCUCUCCGAUCUGAUGCCUUUUUUCACGCUAUGACUUCUCAACAUGAACUGCAGGACUACCUCACCAAAACCUCGCAAGCCGUAAAAAUGCUUCGUGAUAAAAUUGCCCAGAUUGACAAAGUAAUGUGCGAAGGAUCUUUGCAAAUUUUGAGACUUGCUGUGACUAGAAAUAACUGUGUAAAAAUGUACAACAAACUAAAGUUAAUGGCCACUGUUCACCAAACACAGCCCACAGUACAAUUAUUGCUGUCAACCUCAGAGUUUGUUGGGGCACUGGACCUAAUUGCAACAACACAGGAGGUGCUACAACAGGAACUUCAGGGGAUUCAUAGUUUCAGGCACCUUGGUUCACAACUGUGCGAGUUGGAAAGACUCAUAGAUAAGAUGAUGAUAGCAGAUUUUUCUACAUAUGCUCAUAGUGACUUAAAUAGGCCCUUGGAAGAUGAUCAGUUGCUAGAAGAGGAACGGUUGAUUUCUUUGGUAUUUGGGUUACUAAGACAAAGGAAGCUCGACUUUCUGGACAUCUAUCAUGAAGAGAUGAUUGCAGCUGCAAAGAACAUAAUUAAACAGUGUGUGGUUGAAACAAUUGCACAAAUGGAAGAAAUUGACACAGAAGUUGUCCUGAAGCUUGCUGACCAAAUGAGAAUGCUCAAUUUUCCUCAGUGGUUGGACCUUCUGAAAAACAUCUUUGCAAGUUUUAUUCACUUCCUGAAGCGGGUUAAGGGAACAGUGAGUACCAUUCGCAAUGUCGUCUUCCUGGUAUUGGAUAAGAGCCGGGAAAAAUGCAGAGAACUAGAACUUGUAACUAGUCAAAAGACUCCUGUUUUGGGUCACACUUUGGAUACAGAAGUGGCCUAUUUGACUCAUGAAGGCAUGUUUAUUAGUGAUGCGUACAAUGAGAGAGAACUGUCUUCACCUGGAGUAGAAACUGAAUCACAGAGGACAGCUUACCAAAGUAGUGACCCAUGUGGCAGUGAUUCGACAUCGGAAGCAGAGUGUGCAACUGAUUCCUCCUCCAGUAAGGAGCAAACAUCAUCUUCAGCCACACCAGGAGGGCUAGACAUCUUAGUUGGUGAUGAUUUGCAACUGACAGAUUUAGAACUUGGCAGAGUUGCCAAUAACCUUCAAGAGCUUCUCUACAGUGCUUCUGACAUCUGCCAUGACCGAUGUGUUAAGUUUCUUAUGGCGAGAGCUAAGGAUGGUUUUCUGGAAAAGCUGAACUCCUCUGAGUUUGUGGCACUGUCACGAACAGUGGAAACGUUUGUCCAGGAAACAGAAAGGAUAUGCAGCAGACGCAGCAUGUCCCUCCGGGGAGCCCUGCAAAGCCAGGCCAAUAAAUUCGUCAACAGGUUCCAUGAAGAGCGGAAGACAAAACUUGGUCUUCUGUUGGAUAAUGAGCGAUGGAAACAGGCUGAAGUUCCAGCUGAGUUUCAGGACUUGGUCAAUUCCAUUGAGGAUGGAGUGAUUGCUUUACCAGAGAAAAAAGCAACAGUUCCACAAGAAAGAAAGCCGGCUGAUUUUCUGUUUGUUGAUGGGCAGAAAUAUGCUGUAGUAGGGACUGUUUUGCUGUUAAUAAGAAUUAUAUUUGAAUACUGUCAGUGUGUAGAUGACAUUCCUUCCAUUACUACUGACAUGCUUACUCGCCUCUCAGAUUUAUUAAAGCAUUUUAAUUCUCGAAGCUGUCAGCUUGUGCUUGGAGCAGGUGCCUUGCAGGUGGUAGGAUUGAAAACAAUAACUACGAAAAAUCUAGGUAUUGCCUCUCGUUGUUUGACAGCCUCAUAGUGACCAGAUGGUAAA